GGACCGUGGGGCGGACAGUAUUCAGGCGAGGAGUACUGCUGCUGCCCGUUCAACGUCUGUGUCAAACCAAACUGUUUGCCCUCGCUCGAGUAAGUGUGAAAUUUAUGUUAAGUGUCGUCUCAGAGGUUGUGUUAUCGUCAGCUUUUGCGUAUUUGGUAAAAACCAUGUCUUUGUGCUGUGAACAAAAACUGUUUGAAGUGUCGCUGUAGAUAUUUCAUCGUAUUCGCCGCAGCUGUACAAUGACACACUAACGGGACUGUCAACCUGUGUCCGUUAUCUCACUGCUGCUACUCACUGACAGCACUUACACACAUGAAAUUGACAUUUGAGAGACUUUUGGCGUCAUUUAUUUUGCCCCAAGUAAUUUCAUGGAACGCUUGAGGGCUCGCCUAUAACUACUUUUAAUUCAUAGCGGAUAAAGUAAUGUUAGUUUUCAGAAUUGAAUAUUAGAUUAUCUCUUGUAACGGUUGCUAAGCGUCUUAUGACAUCCUGUUGGCACACGCAGGCAUCUGAAGUGAGUAAAUACUGACAUAACAAGUUUAUUAAAAUGAUAUAGAAUAUUGCAUUUAUCUAAAGAAGGUUAGUUAAAUUACUUAAAGUAGGUAAAAUCCAUACAUGAUGAAUAAAUUCUACUAUUCUUCUCAUAGACUAGUUUUUCACAGUUGUAUGCACUUGUUUAUUUUCUGUUAAGUCAUUUAACAUUGUUCAUAUUUACUAUGAUGCUAUCCUAUGCUUCUUAGGCACAACGUAUUGACCAAUGCCUACUGCUUGCAGUCUGCACAAGUUAAAAUAAACAUUGAAAAGGCUUUCUCGAAGUCCUAACUGGCUAAGACAAUUUUUUGUUCAAGAAACAUUUAAUAACCUGAUAAGGAUAGGCCGACAUCUGCAACCUCAUUAAACCUGAAAGCCUGAUUUUCUUCACAGAGGUGCAGUUGAUUAUAAUUAGUGCCUGGGAGACAGGCAGAGACUUAGGUACUUAAACAACCAGCAAGCAGGCGAAAAGUACAAUGUGCCAAGGAAACAUUGAGAGAGGAUUACAGUUUCAAUCUCACUUUCUCUCCUCUAUUUUGAAGACCCGAGGGCCUGAUGUUGCAGAUUGCCAUCCCCUCUGCGCUGAAGGAAACCUGCUACACCACCAUGAGGAUGGACUGAAGGUUUGUUUUCACCACCUCUCAUUUCUCAGUCAUUUUAAAAACUGUUUACAUCUCUUUUGCCCAGUUUCUGAGCGAUUUUGGAGGAUGUGACACUGGUCUGCAUGCAUAUGCACGUGAUGCACAUGAAUAGAGCCGGAUGAGUCCUGUUUGACACGGUGUAUCCUGAUGUCUGUUUAGCAUACUCUGCUAAAUGGCUGAGAGCUUGGCUGUCCCUUCAGGGCACUGCUAACACAGCCAUUCAUGUCUCACUCUGACAGUCAGACCACCAUGAUGACGCUGCCCUCCUCCACCUCCUCCUCCCCCUGUUCCCGCUACACUCACGUUGUGCCUUUCCCAUUAGGGCUCAGAAUUGAUAGUCUUUGAGUGAGUAACCUGUAAUGGUGUCUCUGUGCGCAUUUUCAUGCUCGUGCCCCCAUAACGGAGCUAAGGGGUUUGCAGAGAUGGAGCUGCCACAGACUCAUUUUGAAACACCUCAGCAUCAGAUGUCGUAGAGAUGUGCUUAUCCAAGAUUAACACAACUUGACAUGUACCGGCAAAGCUGUAACAGUGGCUGAUUAAUUGGCUGUGUUUACAAAGAGUAAGCAUUUCUCACAGCAGAACUGAAGCCAUCAGGUUACAGAGAUAAAAUAAAGUGAGUUGUUAUAGAAGUUUUACCUAUUAUGGUAUGAUAUAGUUAGAAGAUGGAGACUUCUAUUGUAAGAAAAAAGACAGAAAGGCUUCAAAAUUAAUUCCUAAUUUUUAUGACUGACUUAGACACUGUAUACUGUAUAUUUCUGAUUCAUUAUUUUGCAUUAGGCUGUAACAUUUUACAAGGAAAUGUUUUAAUGUAACAGCUGAAUGUCUUGCAUGAGCCAUUGCUCUGCCUUAAAGGGUUUUUAACAAACACUGCUGGGCCAUAAAGAAGUUAUUUUUUUAAUUUAAGUAAAAUGACUGUUCGUUUUCUUUUGUGUGACAUAAAAGUUAAUUUAGAUAACUUUUCAUCUCUGGAUGUUCCAAUAUUUCCCAUCUUUCAAAGACAUGUAAGUUACCUCAACUAAAAAGUUUCAACUGCAAAUAUACGUUCAUAAGGAUAACCUCCAUUUGUCCAGUAUCUGCUAGAUUUCUUCUAAAAUGUAUGCCAUACAAACCCUUCAUCUCCCUGCAUUCCUGAAUAGUUCAAGCAGAAGAGUGGAAUGAUAAAUGCUGUAAGGGUACAUCAUAACCAUAUAUGGUAAUACAGAAAAUAAAAUGAUUAAUUUAGCGAAGAAGAUAUGUACAAGGGCUUCUUUUACAUUUCUGCUGUGUGAAUGGUUGCUCCUCUCAACUGCAGAUGAAACAUAAUCAUGUUUUGUGUGCUGCUAGGACAGAAGGAUAUGCUAAAAAAAAAGUCUGGAGUUGUUUUCUUGGCAAUGGUACCGUACCUCAGGCAGGGUUUGUGAGUGGGAAGCUGGUGCAUGAUCACAUCUAUGUUGCUUCAAUAAUGUACUGCUGUUUUGAGAAGGCACAUAAACAGGUACAUGUAGCUUAGGAUGGACAUGGCAGUGUACGUGCAUCCUGUUGAUAACAGUAAUGAAGUGAGGGUAAAAAGAACAUGAAAACUGUGGUGGCUGUUAGCUAAAGAUAUGUUGUGGAUCAUGGGUUUGCUGACUGAAUCACACAGUUUGCAGUUUAAUCAACACCUCCUCAUGUCUGUCUCAAGCAUACCCUGUGUAGUUAAUAGCUGUUUUAUCCAUCUGCAGGGAACUUGUUUAAAACAUUUCGAUGAAUUUGUAAUUAUGUUCAUUUGGAGACCUAAAGGAUUCAGAUUGGCUCAUUUUUUGCCCUCUGGAGUUCAAAUCUCAGCAUUUGGUCAUGAUCUCAGACUCUGUUUUAAAGGUCAGCUGUGACUAAAGAGGAAGUUUUGUAUCUCUGUCUUUCCUCUCUCUUUCUCUUGAUCUUUGUAUCUCUGACUGUCUUUCCCUUACCCCUUUCCUGUUCCUGCAGAGUUUGGCUGUUGAAAGAGUCCACAGUGGUGCAAAGGUGCCUGUGCAGCUUAAUAUAGAUGUAUCAGACUGCAAUCAUUUCGAAUCCCCUCUGCAGCCAGACUUAAUCGAGGAACAAGAACAGUUGAAACAUUUUGUUUUACCAUCCUAACUGUGGACAGACUUUGUUUCUUCGCUCUAGUAGGACUGACUCCCACACAUCCAGAAUGAAGGUGAAAUUCCUUUAUAAAAGCUGUGGUUUCUAGUGGCAACAGGCUGCCUGCUUCCCUCUGAUUCCCUUCCUGUUUGAAGACAGAGAGAGAAAAGAAGCAAGGGUCAUUCAGCGUCACAAGAGCUUGCACUUUAAACAGGGCUCAGGUCCAGGUUUUUAGUUUCACAGGAUAAAUUUACAAUUUUUUAGGCUGUCUUAAAAAAUAAUCCCUAAAUGAACAACCUUAUACACAAAAAAGCUAAAGUUCGAUGAUUUAUUAAUGUCAGUUUUUGUCACUUCUUAUGUAACUGCAAACUUCUGAGAAUAGUUGGUAAGGUCUGGAGGUCAGGUGAAAUCAAUCCCUCCAGUUUAAAUCAUCGACUAGUUUAGAGUUGAAAUUGUUGACCCAGAGCGUACGUGUUGAGCCCAAUACUAUGUUCAUAGUAAAAGCUGUAAGACUAGAGUUUGGAUGUGCUGAUCCCUACUAACCCCCCCGACUGGGUUGUGGAGGUGUCUGGUUACCUGAGCUCGGAGAACUGACUGAAGAGUUAUUUUAAUAGGUGGCGAUGUGGAUGAUUUACAUCUUGCCUGUGUAAAGUUUUUCUCACCUGCUGGAACCCCAAAGAGCCAGGUGCCCUCUGGCCUGAUAACCUGGUAGGUGUCUCUCUGCAGGAGCACAAUGUAUCUGUUGACCCCAACAUGCAUUCCCCUCUCGUUUCUAAUGACCAUGCGCCUUUUAACACACCCUCCAGUAUGAGAUUUCAGCUGGUGUGUAGGUGGUUUCCAGUCUGGUGACAGAGCAGGUGGAAUAUGAGCUAUCUUGGCAAAGUUAGGGGUCCGGUCACAGUUAAACACCUUUCAGUUCAGCAAGUGAGGAGCUACUUGACAGAGUUUAAAUGUGCCGCAUGCGCUACAAAAGUAUCACCUUGUCCACUCAAACUCUAUUUUCAGGACAUCUGCCUUACUAUGAAACAGCAGGGGACUGAGAUCCUCAGGAUCACAGUUCUCUAUUUGCGUUAGUGUAGUAGUGGGUAACAUGGGUCAGUGUCACUUCCAUGCUCAUUGUAAAUAAUUCAUUAGGACACUUGCUGUGGAGUUGAACACAGAUGCAGAGGUGUACUUUUAACAUGGCCUUCCCAGAUAAUGUCACACCUUGUCCCCCAUAUUGCAUUAACCUUGCUUUAUGUGAUACUCUUUUUUUCCCCCAUAUGUUUCACUUAAAAGCCCGGCCUGCACUUACACACUUACCUGACUUGUCUGUAUUGCAGAGAUAUGUGUGUUACCUGUAGCCUUGUAAAACCAAAAUACUGCAACAGAGCAGUUCUUGUGUUUCAAUGAAUAUCAAGUCUUACUGUUGUGUUGUUUACAGCCUCCCACCUCACUGACUCUAUUAGAUCCAGUAGUAUUAGUUGACCCACACCCACCAUACACUCAGUGGAGUACCUGUUUGUUUUGAAUGUAAGAAAGGGCAACUGGGCACAUAUAAAUUUUCUAGUAGUUUUUUUGUGAUUACUGCUUUUAAUGGUUUUACAUUUAUAAAGCAGGGUUGUAAUAGAUGUCUUUUCAGGGAUAGUAGGAUCAUUUGUAGGAAAUAUUUGGUGAGACAGGCAUCUUAACUAAGGUUUCUCAUUUUUAAGCAAGUAUCAAGAACAAGAUUGUUGAGAAAAGUUUGAAGCCAGUUGAAGAUAAAAAGUGAAAAAAAUACAUUUUUCAUUCCUCCACUUUGAUUACACGUCUGUGGUGUUAGACAAGCAACAAAUGUGUGUGGGUUUUUUUGUCCUCUGUGUGUGAGCUAAUGAUUGUGUGUCGUCUGGUUUAUCUUGUUCCUGGAAAGCUGAUCACAACUUUGGCAGCAGGGCCUCCCUAUGGGUUUCAUCUUGCACAAUAGGACGUUGUGCCUGCCUCUGUCAAGGAACUACCUGCCAUUCACCUCCUAAUUUAGACACGCUUGAUGCGAAGUGUCCAGGCUGAACUUGAUAUUGCCAGGUGAAAAACACACUCUGGACAGGUGCUUUUGAUCCAGUCUGGCUUCUUUCACUCCCUCGUCAAGUCUCCGUUUCUCUUCUCUCACUUACCUGCCUUCUCUGUCUGGUGCAAAGAGUUUUGUCUCUUAUCAAAAACUUGGCAGUAAGCUGAAGUCAUCUCCUGCACUGUCAGAGAUGACACAACUGCGCUAUUCUCCCCUGCCCUAUCCUCACACACAUGCGCACAAACACACACAUAAAUACAAUAACGAUUGUUCCUGUUUCCUGCCUAUGCUGUCAUUGUGCAGCUGCUGAAUGAGAUACGGUUCAUUUUCCAUCGGUCAGAGACAACACACGCACACAUGCUGUAUGUUCGCAUAUUCAUGUUUCCAUACAAUAUAAUUCCAGAUAUCUCUCUCUGCCUCUUUCCCUCUCUGUCUUUGUCUGAUAAAAAACAAACACUCACAUAUUGGUGCACUCACACACAAACAGCGCUGCCAGAACUCUCUGGCCUAAUUCCCCUCUUAUUGAUGUGUGUCUGUCAGUGAAAGAGGCGCAGCACAAAGAGCAGUGAUGGGUCUGUGUGUGGCUCGAGGGAACAAAGAGUGGUCUAUUCCACGCCAGCUCUCAGACUCUUCUGGAAACACUGCAGGGGCUUGUUUAAGCUAAAGCCAUGUUUUGAGUUAAACGACUGUAUGUUCAGCAAUGAAUAACAACAUGGCUGCUUCAGUGUCAAAGAGCAGUGGCCAGAUUGGCCUUCUUGUGUUGCUAAUGUCUGCAACUUCUCUGACACACUCAGAAAAAUCGAAGAGAGCAGCCAAGGAGGGACAGUAAUGAGGCUACAGUGGAAUCAAACACUGGCUAUAUGACUAUGGAAACAUUUUCAUGAAAAGAUGAUAAAAGUGCAGAUUGUCUGCUUUUCUGUGGACUUUCUCAGCAGUCUGACCCUGAGGUGUAAUGUCCUUAAAAAUAAUCACCUUUGAUCAUCAUUAUUGUUCAAUAAUGAUAAUGGAUUUGAUUCAGAUCCCUGCAGUGCCACAUCCUUAUUAAUAUAAUCUUUCCACCUGAAUGAAUCUGCAGCUGUUUACCAACCAGGGAGCUGAGGUGAACAUUUAUAUAGAGCUGUGACAUGAGCACAGCUUGUUCAGAUGAAGUUAAGAAACAUAGAAGUAAAAAAAAAAUCAUGAGCUUUUUGUAUUUGUAGUGAUUUUGCACCAUUACAGUAAACUACAUCUUUAGGGAUGGGAGAAAAAAUUGAUACAGCAUAGUAUUGCAGUAUUCUGUCCGGUGAUAUAUCGUAUCGUCUCAUUUACCAAGUACUGAUUUUUUUCAAAUUCAUUGUUAACAUAAAGUCAAAUCUAUGAUAAUAGAAAAAAUAAAAUCAAUUGUUUGUCCGGUGAGGUGACAUCAUAGAGCAGGAGAAAGUGAGUACAACAAAUAUAUAAAAGGUUUGCAAGAUGUGCUACAUGAAAAUAAAAUAUAGCCUAAUUAAGACAAACAUAAAGGAAAGACAAAUGCUGAAUUAGCUAAACAAUUGAAAAAAGUGUACAAAUUGCAAUAUAUGGUAUCGCAAUACUCACUAUUGCAAAAUGUUAAAAAUCGCAGUAGUGUCGUAUCGUGAUAAAAUCGUAUUGUGAUAAUAUCGUAUCGCGGGGCCGCUAGUCUUUCCCACCCCUGUGAAUCUCUGAACCAGCUUAUAACAUGCAUUGCACAUGCUUGUCACUGUCAAUAAAGUGAUAAACUGCUGGUAAAAGCUGUUUUGCCCCUGCCAGUGCCACAGUACUGCCAAGGUUUCACCAUCUCUGCAGUUGAGAUGGCUCGAGACAAUAACAGCAACACUGAAUGACCAGCAGUUCAGCUCAAUGGCAUGAGCCACAGAGUAAAGGACAAGGACAUGUGUAUUUAUACAAGAGAAUGAGUGACACGGCCUCAGAGGCCUGUCCGUGCCAUCAUUCGUGAUUCACCUUUGACAGUGUUGUGAAAUUUCUCCGAAACGUGCUGACUCACUGAAGCUGCUGCUGCUGACCCCGGCUGUCACUGACACCUGUUAAUCACUGAUGAUCGCUGAUCUGUUUCUGUGGUGGACAGGGAUUAAAUACACCAAAAUAAAUCCAUCCGCUGGCAUGUUUAUGAGGCUGAUCCCAGGAACAAGUGCAGAGAGAAUUUGCCUAAGAGGAUCACCAAAGUAUUCCUUUUUUAUUUAUUUUUGUUCAAACUGUCCAAUGCAGACUUUGUUAAACAUUUCAGCAUUUGGGAAAAAAAAGCGGUAAGCUUGAGAUACAUUUGCUUUAUUUGUUUUCCAACAUGAAGCACUUGUAUUAUGUAUUAUAAAUAUUUUCUUGGAUUUGCGCAGUCAUCUGCGGUGGUGUUUUUAUCGCUCUGUCAGAUUAGAAAAUGAAGUGUUUCUUGUCAAAACAGGACAGUCACAGUCCUAAGAUCCAUCUAGUGUUUGUUCUUUUGCUUUAUCACUUCAUCAAGGUGGACCCACAUCACUAACAGACAGAUGGAGGGCCUUUCACACAUCACACCAGCACACACACACCAGCUCUGACAAUAAAGCUCUGUUCUCCAAAGGCUCCUGAAAGAGGAUUUAGUUUGAAUAAAAACCGUAGGCAAUCAAGAAAACAUCCAAUCCUGUGUUGGGAUCAGCCAGGGGAUGAAGCAGAGGAUUUACAGACACAGGGAGGGAUGGGCAUCGGGGUCGGAACAAGGCUGCAGGUUCAGAUUCAGCUUCAGAACAGGAUUACCUUUGCUUUCAGCAGCUCCUGAAACAACACAAGAACAGAGCUGUAACAUAGCCAGUUAAACUUUGCUGUGACGGCCUGAAAAUACUACUUGCUGCCUCAGUGGAAGGGCUCUUGUAUGCAUGAAUAAUCUAGUGUGGAUCUAGAUUAAAUGUAUGUAACUGCUUGACGGGCUUACUAUUCAUGCGCUUUGGUCACACAGGAAGUUCACGAAAAGCUCAUGGGAGAGAAAAAGAGAAGUGAUGAGUAACUUAAAAUUUUUAGUAUGUUGUACAACAGACAUUUUCCCCUUAUUUGAUAUUGUAUGUUUCUGUUUUUCUCUAUAUAUCUUUACUGCCUGAUCACAAACUUACCGGAACAAUGCUUGUGCCAAGAAAUUUCCUAUUACACGCAGAUAUUUCCUGCAGUCACGAGAACUUUGUUAGUGUUUAUGAAUGUGCAUGUCUGACCGUCCAACUAUGUUCUUCCUUAUGAGCUGACAGUGCAGCUUCAGUCAUGUAGUUUGAAUAUGUAAGCGUCCCUCCCCGGGGCUCUGAGUGUUUCUGCCUUGCUUGUUUUGCUGUCCUCAAUGGGAGCCUCUAUUGAUGCUGCAGUGAGGCUUGGGCUCCUUGCCUGCCUGUCUGUCUGUGGUUCCAUCUCUGAGGCUCCUUCUUGAGGGAGACAGCUUGUACAUUGUCAGGUGACCACUCUGUUGAUUCUAUGGCUAACGUUCAGUCUAUGCGCGGUGUAAGGCCGUUUGAGGCAGUAAUGCACUGUGUUUUGUGUUUGUGACACUGCAGAGGAAACCCUUGUCUCUUGAUACCACUACAGGUUAAGGGUGUCCUUUGGGGGUAAUAACUGAGCUCCUGAAGACGACAAACAAUAUACCUAACAGUAACAAUAUCCAAUGUAUAUCUUGUAUACCUUUUAAUGUUCACAACUCAAAGUAAUAAUUAUGAAUUGCAAACAGAAUCUUAUUUCUAAUUGAGAUCAUUGAGUACAUUUGAAGCUUUGAAUCUGAAAUAUUGUUCUGUGUUUUUCUCUCUCUGGUUUUCUCUCAGGUUAUCCACAAGAGUGAGUCACUCGAGGCUGACAGUUGGGCUGAUGGUAGGUGGGUUUUUCUCGUCUUGAUGUGAAUCACUUGCUCUCUCCCUCUUUCACCACUGUUUACAUCCACCACUUGCCUCUCUGUGUCUGGGCACCCCUCUAUGCUGUUGUUUAAUCUUAUAGCCUGCAUGUAUCUGCUUUUGCAAUAAAUUUAAGCUUUAUUUUGGAAUCUUUUUUAUUGUGCUCGCUUAUCUUAAUCCAGUUUUUCGCUUUUAAUUUAUAUUUUGUAAAGCAAAAAUUCUAGUAGCCUUGCAGCAUAUCCAAAACCACCCUGAACUGAUGCUACAGUAUUUAACACAUGGUGAUUUGAUAAAUAUUAUGCAUUGCCAUUUCAGUUUUGAAAUGCAAAUGAAUGCUGACAGCCUGCAGACUGUCAAACUCCAGUUUGAUUGCUAUGCAUUCACAGUUUUUUCCCAUUUGCAUAACAUUUAUAAGUUGCAAAUGGUGGAAAGUGGAGAUUCAUGAUUGGAUUUCUCUAGAUUGAGUUAACAUUUCUGCCUCUCAUAUUCCUUUCUUUCUCUGUGCUAGACCAGCAUGGCUGCUUGUUCCUGAAUCAAAAGAUGCAUGCUCCCUCUUUGGAUUCCUCUCUCUGACUGCCACUGAGCUGACCCCCCUCCAUCCAACUGUCCCAUCUCCACUCCCAUUGUUCUCUGUUGUACUUCACUGUUUACAAAGUCUUCUGUACUUUAUUCAAUGCCCUCUUCUUACCCUCUGCUUGUAGAGAGGGGGGUAUUAGCCGCCACUUUGAUUGGACAGUUUUUCCUUGAUAUUUAUCAGAAGUCGGCAAGGCCAUAUGCAGCAGGGGGAUGAUAGUCAACAGGAGCCAGAGGGGGCAGGCCCCGGCUCAGGUUCUGGAGUUAGAAAAGAGACAGGGAGGUCACAAGGCCAAGGGCUGAGGAGGGCUUCAUCCCAGUCAGAGCACCCCUCUUUCAUUAAGAUGAGCCAGAACGCCAGGGAGAGCAUGGGGGUUUUUGGCCAGGGACUGAAACAUCUGUUCCAGCAACAGCGUAAACGACUCUCCCUCUCUCGCUCAGCCACUCCCUCCUCCUCUUCCUCCUCUUCCUCCUCGGUGGUGUCAGCAGGUGGCACCAUCCCCUCUGCACCCGAGGAAGCCUCUGGGCAGACCUGUCCUGAUUCUGACCACUUUUCUGCCCCUCUGGUUCCCUCUGCAGCUGGGCAGGGCUCAGCCGCCGUGGGCACGAUGAGGCGCGGGACCAGCCUGCAGAGCCGGCGAACUAAAGGCUCCGGGUCUGGAUCGGGGAGCGGGGAGCGGGAUCCGCUCCUACGAGGAAGCCCUCAGGUCCCGCACCGCCGCAACACCCAUGACCCCCAACAGCAUGUCAGCCGUCCACGCUCCUCUUCCACCACUGAGACCACGCCCAGCAGCCCCACUCCUGGACAGGUGGGGAGCGAUGUGGUACUGUCAUCAGGAUACCAAUCUACGGAGGAGACAGACAGGGUAGGUGACAGCAGCUGUAAAUCAUAUUAUCCCGACACAGACUGAUCGAUGCGCCUCUGUAACCUUUUACUUGUGUCAGGCCUUGUUUGUCAGUGAACUGUCUAUUAGAAGCUGAAGUUCACUUCGCUGCUGAUGUAACAUUCCUUCUGUCUUAGCUGUGAACAAACAUGGCCUUCCCUGCCGUCUGCCAUCACUGCCAUCUGGUUUCACACAGUGCUGAAAAAAGACUGAGUUAAAAGACAUUUUGAAACCCAACGAAUAAUUAUUAAAGAUAAGGAUAGAUACCUAUAUUUAAUGUGAAAGGACAGCCAAGGUUGAAGAAAACUAGGUCUGUGUUCUAUACUGUCAUUGUUACCAAUAUACAUACCAACACAGAUUGCGCUUGUUGCAGUUAUUUCUCCUUUUUGGCAUUAACAUGCAUCUCAGGUGAGUGCAGGUGUAACUGCACUGAAGAUAAACAGAAAGCAUUGAGAGCCAGUCAGUUACACCACAUACAGGUGGUAAGUGCAGUAUAGGGCCUUGUCUUUUUUUUGAAGUGUGUCUCGGGUCACACUGUAGAGCUACCCACUCAAUUUACUAUUUACUAUUUCCCUGUUAAAGCCAACCUUCCACCUUGUAGAUAAAGCAGUAAUGAAGAUGUUCUCAGUAGAAAUCAUUCUGCACAUUAUUACUGUAUUUCUGUCUUAAAGCACACUACAAAAUGUUUUCUAGUUGGAUUCAGGGCUCCUGAAUUCACAGAGUUAUUUUGCGUAUUUAAAUGGACAUGCAGUUGAAUGAAUCACCUUUUCCCUUUUUUUCUAUCACAUUGAGGCAUCUUUGCAUAAACAGAAGCUUCUUCUGUUGGCCACCUUUCCUCUAAAACUAACAGUAUUCAUAAGCUGCAGAUUUAUCCCUGAGAGUUAGCAAAUAACCCCAUAACCUUUUUCUAGGCUGCUUGCCAUUUUUUGCUUGGCACUUGGUGGUGAGCCUCAUCUGAACCCGUGAUCCUCACACACCAUAGAAAUUUCAAAAAAUGUUUUAUCUUAGAAAUCAGAUGAUGUUUUUUUUUAAUACACAUGAAGAGUAAAAGAUCUGUGAUCACUGAAAGUAAAACUGUGGUGUUAUCUUUACAAGCUAUCUGUACUAGGCUCAGCUGUUGAGACACAGUCAGGAUGAGAGAGCUGGAACACUGAAGUCCUUAUCUUCUUAUUUUUACCUCGGUUUUUAACCACCUCAGGCAUUUCAGACUUUAGUUCAUUCAGUUUACCACCAGAGGUCACUGUCAGAUCAGCCAUCCUGCUGUGAGCUGCGCUGGGCUUGGUUCAUGUAGAGGUUGGGUUUGCAUUCUAAGCUUUAAAAGGUUGCAGGUUUGGUCCUUGCCUUAAUCAGAUAAACUCUGUGAACCUGUUUGUAAAAGACAAAGACAAACUAAUAGUUGUCAUUUCAAUGGUAGGUUUGCUGCCAUGACCCAUAGGUGCAGAUUUUUACUUGAACUUGCAGUAUUAACCUGUGAGUCAAAUUUGAUAUGAUCCUUUGUGCUUAAAAUCAAGUCACCUUCAGUUCUGUGUGAAUGACCUCACCUGAGAUGAAAGACCAGGACUGAGAGCCAGACAUCUGUGCUCCAUUCAUCCUGCUGUGAUGGACGACCAUCAACCUUUUCUGUAUUGUCACUUGCCCUUGGCGGAGACAGUAACCUGUCUUCCUCAUCUCUAGUGAACAUCUCAGCGCUGUCUCUGCACAACAACACAGCAAUGUCAUUGAGGUCAUGUGAGCGGUCGCCGUGGUUACCCUGAAACUUGCGGCAAGCCGCCUACAACUAUGCCCUGCUUGCGUUGCCAUGGUAAUGGCGUGGUCGACCUUGGGAAGGUGUGUGAGAUACCGGUUUAAGUGGAGGUCAAGGGGAAGAUUUUUGCUGUGCACCAUGAAAAAAACAACCCUUUUGUUAAACCUUCUUCUUUAAUUCAUCUUUUCUUUCUUGAACUGUUUUCCUCUUGCCCUCCUCUUUUCCUCUAUUCUGUAUUUCUCUCUUUUCCUCCCUGUACCCCUUCCUCUCUCCCCUGAGAGACUUAGCACAGACAGUCAGCUGGUCCCUCCUCCUCUUCCAUACCACCACCACCACCACCACCACUACCCUCCCCCUCCUCACCCCACCCGUCGGCACACUGACAGGAAGCAGGAGGCAACCUUGCCUCGUCCUAAAUGAGAGAGAGCCGAGCAUGGGCUGUGUGUGUGAAUGUGUUUCAGGAGAGGAUGUAGAGGGGCGUGUUCAUGUGUGGUUACAAGAUCUUGUUUUUGUCUAUUCAUUGUUUAUGUGUGUAUGCUGUAAAUCAUCCGUGCAUUAGCAGCCAUGUGGUGUGGUGAAUUGUAUACAAGAGAGGGAGACAGAGCUCAGGGAUCUCUAUGAAUUGAAGAGGAGGGCAACACAGCUGAGCAGCCUUUAUCUUUGCUUGCUCUCCCUCCCUUUUUUUCAUCUCCCUCUCCCUCUGUCACCCUCUCUCUCUCUCUCCUCUCUUGUGUUUGCAUAGUAGACGAAAGCGGUGUGGACUAAAAAUGUGUGUGCACAUGGCUGUUUGGAGAGGAGGGUAGUCUGUGUACCUCCAGGAUGUGUGUCUGUGAAUGUACAGUCUACUCCAUGAGGCGGUGUGUACUUAUGAGGGAUUUCAGUGGAGAGGAGUAGAGCUGGGGUUCCAGCUGUGGGUUCAGCAGUCAGUCAAAAUGGUGCAGCGCUUCAGCCUUCGUAGACAGUACUCCAAGGUAAGCUUAAAUCAAACAAGCUUGUUGAGUCACUAAAACCUUGUCUGUGUGUUUUCCUGUCUCUUUGCUGCCACUUCAUUCAUGGCUGGAGGCACAGUUGUGUUCAUUUUUUUGCUGCUGGCAAUGCCUUGUGUUUGGAUUUUGUGCGUCUUUUUACACCCCUCUUUCUCUCUCUCUCGCUCUUUCUUUCUGUAAUUAGAUGAAGAGUUUCUUUUUGCUGCUUAUUUAGUGCUUCCUCUCAGCAAAAUGUUAUUGAUCAGUUCUCUAGUGAGCUAAAAAAAAACAAUGGACAGUACAUCAGUAAGCUGAAAAUUGGACCCCCAAACAAGACUUAUUGCUUGUUUUUUUCUCUGGUUUUAGUUUUAUAUUGGAGCACACAAAGAUUUUCCUCCGAGUUCUCAUCCACUUAAAGGUUUAUUGAUUCAUACAGUAACAAAGUGGUCCAUCUCUGCACUUUAUCUCAACUCCUGUUAAACAGUAACUUAAGCCGGAGCAGCGAGCGCUUCAGCCCAUAAGGUCGAUUUGAGCCGUCACCAAGGGGAGUAAUGAUUAGUAAAUAUUUUGUCUGGUUAUUGCUGAUCGGGGAGCAUUUAUGACUCAAAUGCAAUAACAGUUUAGCUUAGUAUGACACUGCUUUACGGCUAUCCAUGAGAAAGAUAAAUCACCCCCUGAUGGCAGGGCUGCUAAAGAGGGUAGGGGGGCUGGUUUCAAAUUCAGCAUUAGGUCUGUUAAAAGCCCGCUGUUCUGCAGCUGGUGCUCAGCCUGUGGGAUUAAUUACAAUUAGCUGCUGAUUAAUUGAUUGACUAACUACGCCCACCCGAUUUAUCUUCAGCUCUGUGCCACAGUGCCGGUGAAUGUUCAUCUGCCUGUGAGCAUCAACAUGUGCGUGCACAUAUGCACACAUGCGGGCAGCCAGAGGCACAGUCUCACUUUAAAGCUGGAAGGCCUGAUCCUAGACUGAUCAAAACUCAUCUUGUCUGGUUUUUCAUUUUUCUUCUCAGAGGAAUAGGGACACAAACAGAAGUAGAAACUGAUAGAAGAAGGAUUUGGCUGCAAGGUGCAAAAUUUUUAGUGUCACGGUGUCAGGCUUGUUUGGGGCUGGAGAUAUGGGAAAUAAAACUGGGUAAAAGCUCCAGUGGGAUAUGAGCUAUUGAGCUGAGAUUGAGAACAGGAGCCAAGCCCUGAAGCUAGUCCUCUUACAGUGUAAGAUUUUUGUGUGUGAAAGAGAUUUAAAAGAUUUGUUUUUGGAGAACAAAACCUUCUCCAGAGCCUCUCUGCGAUUGGUCACUGAUCUACCCUCCAUCUGAUAGAUGACCCUGUCUCCUUACUUCAGGCUGCAUCUCCAUCUGUCCACCUUUCUCUGUGCACACUUUCCUUUAUCUUUUGCUGUUCAUGUCAAAUAUUUCAUUGUGUGUUCUCCUGCAGUAGUAACUGAACAAGCAUUUUUUUUCCUUUUUGAAAAAAUGUAAUCUUUUUUGACUUGACCUUUUAGCUGCUCUCAGAUGCUUGUUGUAUUUAAAUCCACUUUUUGCACCAAAGAGAUAUAAAAAGAAAACAUACUGAUAACCUUUGAAACAGGUCAGUUUUUUUAAUAACAUAUUUGAGCAGCAUAUCAAGUACCAUUUAAAAGAGUUUGAGGGUUUAUAUUCCAAAAAGAUUGAAGAGUUUUUUUUUCAGUAUCAUUUGAUGAACCAAGGUUGAUUUAAGAAAAGCAAAUUUGUUUUGAGUGUAUUGACUAGGAAUGUAGAAACUUCUUACUCUAUCAUACUUUUGGAGUUAUAAUCCUCAGCAAAAAUUUGUUUGUCCUCUCUUACAGUCUCCAUACAUUGUACAGCCUUGUGUUGUCUCAGGGAUUGUUUUGUGUGCUUGACUUUAAAAGUCUUUCUUAUGCACUUGAGCCUGUCUCUGAAAGGAUUUGCAAAGGAUUUUGACAACAGACUCAUUGUGGAGGAUUUAGAUUUCUUUUGUCACUCCAACACUGUCCUGUUAAAAAAAAACGGAAGGAGAAGUGUCAGUGGGAGGCACAGAACAUUACCUGCUCCCCUGAGGCUUGUUCCUGCCUGCUAGUUCAACAUCCUCAUCAGUGUGCUCUCAUUGUCUCUCACCUCCCCAGGCUACCGGCUGUGCUUUGAUGAAAGCGUUUGUGCCCUUUGCGGCAGGACACCAUCGCUUGUCCUGGAUCUAUUUUGGUGACAUUGAGUUAUUUGAAAAUGUCCAAAGACAGUCUUGGAUACGACAAGGAAUCAGUCAUUUAUCUACAACAGAUACUUUCAUCAAUUGCUGUAAACUGCUACUGUUACUAUUUGUAAUUAUCAUAUUAUUAAAACCUCAGCCACGACAGAUUUACCUCUCAUAACCUAAGCCCAGCCACCCGAUCAUGUAGUCAAACUUGUGUCUAAUCAAACAACUCAGUGUAGAAUGACAGUGAGGGAGGGAGAGAGAGGGAAAGACAAGCAUGAGCAUGAUGAAGCAUGUGCUCUUACUCGAUGCAGAUUAUGUCAUCCUACUACUGUUUGUCAACUGCCAAUUGGUAGCCAAUAGUCUUUCUAGCACUGUGUUGUUGCAGACGUCAGCAUUUUGUAAUGAAUCUUUGUGGUCCAGGGUUGUUGACAUCGGCAAAUUUGUAGGGUUUGGCAGAUGUGUGAGGUUGAAGUGUUGAGGCAGUACCAAAAGUUGAUUAUUAUGUGUUUAUGUUCCUUCUUUACUCUGUAGUCUUUCCCACUAUCUUGUCUUUAUGCUUUUAUGCACACUUUAGUGGUUUCUCCUCUCUUUCUUUUUUCACUAUCUUCUAUUCCUCUUCCCAGACAAACAAAAAUCCUCCUGUCCUUCGAUUUUCUUUGCUUAUUAACAGCAAAUAUAAACAUGGCCUUUCUUACUUUCCUCCACUGGUUUGUGAUCUGUCCAUUUGUACAGCAUAUUGCAAAUUUACACAGUAUAGCAUGGGUGUAAGUGUAUGCAGGGAGACAGUUAUUGAUUAGGUGAACAAACACUGGUAUUGAUUGUGUAUUACACACAAUGGCUCUCCUGUUCUAUCUUCUGCUGCCGCUGGCUCUCUACUUACUAACAUUACUUGCCAGCAAUGGGAUGGUGUGUUUAUGCGUGGGCGCACUUAAUGUGUUUUUGAUCAUUCAAAUGGGUGUCGAAUUAGGCAAAGUGUUAGGCCACCAUGAGGUGCCAGACCAGCUCGAGAGCUACUUGGCACUCUUGAUUCUGGCAGAGGGAUUAAAAAUCAUUCUCCCCGAUAUUAGAUCUUAAUUUAAUGACUAGAUGGUGCUGAUGUUGAGAGCUAUGUAAGAGCAUCAUUUGAAAUCAACAAGCAAUGAUUUCAAAGCGUUUCUCUCAGGGUAAGGGUAAACUUUUGCCUUCUGCCCUCCCCCGAUCUAAUUUGUGCGAUAAAUUAUAUGACCCCAACAAUGUCUCAUCAAAAUGUAAAACUUUAAUAUCACAUCGCGUUUUUCAUUACAAGUCAUUUUGUGAUUCUUAUGUCCUGUCUCAUGUAUUUUUCAGGGAUUGGGAAGCUCAGUGUCCUUACCAGGAAGUUUGCUUCACACACAUUAAAAUAUAUCAGACCUUACACUCAGGUUAAGUCAUAGGCCAAAUCACCUCUGCUCAACCCAGUAGAGAUAUUUAGAAGCUUAGAGGUGACAGAAAUUAUGUCCAUUACUCUGUUUUUUUUUUUUUUUUGAGAAGUGGAAAACUUUUCAAAUCUAUCAUUCAGCACUUCUGCUUCAACAAGCCAGAGAUUUCUUAUGUAUUGAAAUUUGAGCCCACAGCAUACCAAAAGGUUUCACUCAAACAGUGAUGUAACUGUUGACUAUAAGUAAAACAUAAAUCCCCAGUCUCUAUGAAACCAGGAGCACCGUAGAUAAAGUAUAUAACAUUUCAGGGCUACAUUUCUACCAGAAAUCAACAUUUUAAUCUCAUGUCAAUGACUGUGUUGAGUUGAUAAGGAUCUGUUUGUUAUUUAAGGAGUUGUCACUUUUAAUCAUUCUUUAAUCUUUUUUUAUUCAGUCCUGUAAUUUACAAUCCACCAGAAGUAUACUUCAAAAUAAAAGCACAGUUUGAUAAUGCAAGAGAUAAAGAAACAAAAAUGCAUGAGGAGAGAAAUGUCAAAAUAAAAGCACAACAAACAAGGCAAUGUCUUCUCCAAAAAAGUAAAAUAAAUCAUCACCACAUUGGAAGAUUAUUAGAAAUAGAUGAUUUUAUGUAAGUUAAUUGCAUUUUAUAGAAAAGUUAAUGAAGUAAUUCCUUAAUUUAAAUUGUUGUGUUUUUUUAUUCUCAAGUUUAUUGUUAUAAUGUCAUUAUUAUAUUUUAUGGCCACGGUAUUCAUGAGGUGAAAAUCUGAUUAUGCGACAGCUCUAAUUUAAAAAUUCUCUCUCAGAUGGUCUGGUUGUGAGUCCAAGACCUGAGUGAUGCCGACUGAACACCUUGUACCUUCUUUGGCAUUUUGCUGUUGAAAAGAAACUCUUGGCCUGAUGGUAUUUUGGUCUGAACUCGAAAUGCCAAGCACCAGAUCCUAGCUGAGAAGCAGCUAGAAUUUGUUUUUGGUUCAAAUAUUAGACAUCUUUGUAUAGAUUUCUAAUUAUACACUUGUACAUUAUGUACUUAUGUUAGCGGGCACAUGUACGUAGCUAUGUGGAGGAUCUCUAUUCAGGCUCAUUUUCCUCCUUUUAAUGUUUUUUUCUUGUUCAACUAUUUCUUUCCACACCCUCUUUCCAUCCUUUACCCCCUCACUGUUUGUCUUUCUCCGUAUCUCAGGUACUGUCAUCCCGUAGCUCUCACCCUCUCUUCAUCUUUCUCCCUCUCAUCUGUGUCCACUGCUCAGACAGUGGAGCUGGUUGCCCAUCUCCAUGGUAACAGGUUGAUGUUCAAAGAGGGCCAUAGCUGCUUUACCCAGUUGAAUGCUCACAGGUCUGCUGUCUGAUCUCACAACCUCCCCACCAGUCUGUUUGGGUGGAAAGCAACCUUUUAGAGCUGUGCAAAAGCAUCUUCUAAAAUUAGACUCCAGUGCAAGUUCACCAAACAUGCCUAAUUCUGUCAAACGUGGCUCUUCUAAACUUCAAAACUAGGCUGUCUUGUUUGUCAAGCUUUGCAUAUGGCACGGCUCCACAGGAGACGGGUUGGAAUGGCAACCUAUCUCUUAGAUCUCCAUGCUCUAGAUGCUCGACUGUUUCCUGUCUCUCUGACAAUGCAUAUUUAAAUUGAGUCCUCAGCAUGACGUACAAAGAAAGCUGUGAAUUGUGUUGCAGUGUCAGUAAAAAAAAAGUUUGUGCUCAACAGUUAACAGUCCUCGAUGGGACUCCUGUCCUCCUUCAAAGAGAAAGAACCAAACAAAGUAAAGAGAUGCUAUGUAAAUGUUUUGUUGUGUCAUGUGAAAUCCAGAGAGUGGCAUUAAAUCAGAUUCUUGUGUUUUGUGUGCAGAUCUGUGUGUGUCUGCGUGCGUGUGUGUGUGCGCUUCCUUUGUGUGUGUGUGAGCUCCCCACCCUACUGUUUGUGCUCCCUUUGAAGUGGUGCCCCAGCCUGUUUAAUUAGGCUGCUGAAUAUUCAUUUGUGAUUACACAUAUAGGCCGACGCCCUUAUCUAGGGCUGGUUGCUAUUAGUAUUAACAACAUUGGGAACACCUCAUGCUAUUCCACAAACACACAUACUCUCUUACACACGCACACCUUAUGACAUGAAAAAAGGUUACAACAGGGAUUCAACUAAGAGAUGAGGAUGUUUGAAAGGUUAAUACAUAUAGGUGUAUUUGUGUAAGGGUGGUGUGGUUUUAUUUGUUAGAGAAGUCAGAGUUUUGGAGGGGAAAGAGAUAAAAUAAAGAUAUGAGUUUCAAGCCAUUCUUCCCUUUCAGUUAGUUUUAUAGGCUCCCAAUCUGGGUCUAAAUGAGGAAGGAGUCUACUGCAGCCCUGCCUGUUUCUCUUCUGCUAUUUAUAGACAGAUGUCAGAACCAGUGCUGGUCAAGUUCACUAAUAAAGGACAUUUUACUGUAUUAAUAUCAGCAGAAAAAAGGAAUAGGUUUGUUAAUAAUUAAGUGACAAGAAAUCCAUUUUCCGAACCACUCCCUCUCUGCAUACAAAUGACAUCCCUCAGUCGUUUUUGUCAUCGGAUUGUACCAUUUGAUUUCUGCAUUUAUCCUUUCUUUAAUUAUUUUCAGGUAGUCCGAAAUUGUUUCAGGAUAGAUUUCUUUUCAACUUGGAGUACUUUUGAGAUGAUUUGGCAUGUUUGUGCAGGAGGUCAUGUGCAUUUGUGUACAUUCAUGUCAGCAGUGAGUCACUAUGGGUCAUUCUUUGUGUGUUUAUUUUUGGCCUGCAGCUGGUCCUUCCUCUUUCAGCUUUGUGUGUCGGUGUAUAAGAGGGGACAUAAGUGCGAGCAUGCACGUGUUUUGCUGUUUUCUCAGCCGUUGCACAAUUGCUACAUACUUGGCCGGUCUUGGGAUGCUCUGGUUAACCUUGACCCACAUUUCUCUUCUUCAAACACUCUCCUCUGGCUGGAUUUUUUUUCCUCAUUCAACAGAGUGGGCUUUGACUGAGGUAGCGUCAGUGUAAGAUCUGAAAAUAAAAUCAUGUGCUUGUGAAAUUAUACCACUCUGUUCCUUGAUGAAAACUCACCUGGUUGUAUUUCUUUUUUCUUUACUCAGGGUGGUCAGUGUGUUGUUUGUAAAAGGAAAUUGCUCAUUUUGAGAGAGAGAGAGGGAGAGAGCGAGCAGAGAAAAAAAAGGCAGACAGACUCUGGGGGAGCACGCUCCCCAUCCCUGCCACUCCCUGCCCUGUCUAUAUCAUUUGUGUGAAUCUGAUGAAUUAUGGAUGAGGCUAUAGAUCGCUGAGCUCAGCUCUGCUCCACUGACCCACUUAGAACGCACAUGGGCACACAUUUCAAGUCUGGUCACAACCUCUGGAGAAUGCUAUCAUAUUUUCCCUCUGCCAUUAUUCAGAACCAUUACACUCAUUCUUAUGUGUGUCAGGCAGAAGGAAUCAUGAGAAUCAGUUAUUCUUUUCCUGAAUGCAUCCCUUCAGAAAAGCUCCUUUCCCUCUGAAAAAUUUUCUCAGUAACACUGACACAACAUUUAAGGAUUAUAUUUCUCCAAAUAAUUUAUUUGGUUGAAAAUGCACCAUCAGAAAACACAAAACUAUAUCUGUGCAAGCUGACAUGCUUACGCUAUUCAGUAUCUGCUCUUAACAUAACAAGUUGUUUUCUUGUGAAUUUCUACCCUAAAAUUUUUAAUGUAUAAUACCACAGUGUGAACCGUGUGGUUACACCCUUCUCUGCUCUCAAUUUUACUGCCUGCUGUUCAUCUCAUGACAAAUCCUGCCCUCCUUCCUGUUCUCAGAAUCAGCCCAAAGGGCACCUAUGUGCCUCUAUGUCACACAAGGUAUGAGUUAUGUUACAUAAUGUACUGCAUGUCUUUCUGGGGGAGGAGUGAUAAUGAAAGAAUGUAAUAAAAUGGAAAGGCUUAUUGACAGGAAACAUGUCAGGAAAUGACUGCAGUCACAGACAGACCUGUAACACACUCAAUUGGCCAUAUAGUAAAGGAAACACACUGUGGAGUAUAUUUUGUGCUCUUACUCCCUCUGGUGGAUUGAUGUUGAAGUUAGGUUAAGUGUUCGUAAUAUUUACAUCCACGUUUUCCUCUGCUUUGCUGUUUUAAUGGUAUAAAACAUUCCUCCCUGGGACAGCAACUCACAUUUCAGAGAUCCUCCUAUGAUUUGAUAUCUGUUUAAGAACUGAAAAUCACUGAAUCACCUGGUCUUGUUCUGUGUCAAAACAGACAAGUUACAUCAGACAUGGAGGUAAUAGCAUUUAGUGUCCACACAAAGCAGAGGGGAGUUUGGUCAAGUCUUAACCCUAAUCUUCGCUCUCUGGCAUAAAUCAGAAGAACCAACCUGUGUUCAUCAAAAUCUGGAGGUUUUGAGUUUUUCAGCCGUUUCCAUUUUUAUUACAGGCUGUUUCAUGUAUAAAUAAUCUGUGUGGGAUUCAAAAUACCUUCUGAUUUUCUCUCUGUGCAGUAGCUGUCAAGCAGGUGAGUUCUAUUAGUAAAACACCAAUCCUUGUUACCAGCCCUCUUGUGAAGUCUAUUCCUCGAGGUGGCCUUAUUUGAAGGUUUCUAAAACGAGCUUAACAGCACCUAUGACCUGAACCAUCAAGUAAGUCUGCCUCAAAGUGGGCAGUGGGUUCAGCCUGGGGCUACAAUGUGUGGUAUGGGGUUUGAGAGGACAAGAAAACUUGGAUGGGGCCAAACUAAACAAACUUUCUGGCCCAUAAGGCUGGGACUGUUUGUUCUAGAUUCUUCAUCUUCCUGCUUAUGAAUAGGCUGGCAGUGUGUUUGGGUCCGCACACUGCUCCGUGGUACUCUGGGUAUUAUACAUCAUUCAGCCAGACCAACUCUGCAUAUUGGGCUGGUGCCCUUUCUGUUUCAAUGUUGCAUAACCGGAGUUUGAGUAUGAACAGAAGUCUAAACAGAACCAGCUCCAACAAAUACCAGCCACCAAUGGACAAACAUUGUUUCUGCGCACGUACCCACUUUGUUCCCCUUCAUGUACACACAUUGCUUUCUGUACAUAAACAAACAGCCACUGUCCUUGUACCCCAACUUUUAUUUAUUUAUAUCAAAUUGAACCUCCGUAUACAUAUCCACAUAUACCAUUAAAUAAAUCUUAACAGAAAAGGUCAAAACAUGAUUGGGGACUGCCAACGUAUAACACAAACAAAGGAUAUCAUAAAAAAAAUACAUUUGACUCAACCCAAAACCCCAUUUUUGUUUGCAGAUAUGGAGUAAUAUGCCACCAGAUGACGUCUGUCAUUUUAGUGUACCAACAUUUAUUGGUUGAGCUGCACUAUAAUUAAAUUAGCAAAACCCUAAAAUUUGCAAAUGCAUUGGCAGAAUACUAAACUCUUUGCCAAUAAUCCAAAUAUCAUACCGUACCUUUCCAAAGUGACAUACUGAAACAUUCACGCCUGGCUGUUUCUUUUAUGAACUUUUAUAUUUACAACAUGUUAUAUCCCUGUGGUGGUAAAUAUGGAGGUAAGACAUGCCAGCAAAAUCCUAGUCAAAAUUUUAGCAAUUUUGGAAAACUUAGUCUGCAUAGUUGGAUACUGCAUACUCUGCGUAUGGGUGAACAGAGAGAUUGCACAGGACAAAUUUGCAAUAACCCAUCUGACAAUUUUCAUGUAUCCACCAGUCUAUAAGUAAAUGAAUUCAGGUUAACAAUGGAUUAAAACAAAUGGAGCUAAUGUUUCCGGUCACUUAACAAUCUUCACCUGACUUAAAAAAUGCAAAACAUUUUAAAAAAGAUGGUUUUAUAGUUUCAAUCUCAGUAAGACUUACUCUGAAUGUGAGGGUUUGGUCUCUCUUGCUGUGUGAUGUGUCCUGGGUUAGAUCAGGAGGGUGCACUAACACUGCAUUGUCAGGGCCUUUCUUUAAGUGCAGUCAGACUAUGUGGGUGUCUAAACUUGACUUUCGAGACGGGCUUGCAGAAUUUUCAGACAUAGCUGGCCAUCAUUGUCCACGUCCAGACGAGGGAUAAAACUGUUAAAAGCCUUUGUUGUUUGUGUUGUUGUUAUUGUUGUUUGUUUUCCUUCCUGCCUCGCUUGCCAGUAUUUUUGCUGGCUGGAAAGAUGUUUCAUGCUCUCUGACCGCGCCAGUCAUAAUAGCCUCUGUGUAUAAAGUGCCCACUGGUUUAUGUAACUGCUAAUAGGCCCAUUGAUUAUACUGGAGCUUAGAGUAGGGAGAGCUGGACAGCCUGGGUUGCACAGGAGGCUUCUUUUUUUUAUGGGAGAUGGCAUUGUUCAACAAGGCCUGAGCCCCGAGUCAUGGUUGUCGCCUCUCUCUCAGGCUUGAAUUACCCCCAGUCCAUGCAGACAAAGCUCUCGCUCUUCUGCCUUUACGUAACCUCUCACACCCCCAAACCACACCACCAUGUAACCCCUUUCAAUAUACACUCACACGGAGGGGCCUGUGGUGUCUGAGCAGGGAACCUACACAUAGAUAUAUAAUUUAAGGGGGAGCGGGUCGCCGGGGUUAAGACUUCAUGUCCCCUAUACAUGUUUUUAUGGUCUACUUCUUCUCCCUAUAUGGUUAAUUCUGUUCAUCCCUCCUCUAUUCCCCCUUCAGUUACCAUCAGGAUCAGCCUCUACCCUUCUGUUCUUGAUUCUUCCAAAAACUUUCUGGCUGUGUGGUGCCCGCCUGGCCUCAGUUCAGCGCCAGGCUUAGUCCUUUGAAUGACAAUGAGUAUGAUGUAUUAUGAAAUUCUUGCCGCCUUUCUCCACAGGCUGGGGAAGAAAAACAUAGCCACAAGUUAUGUUGGUAAAGCUGACCGUACAGCAGACCACCUUUGUUUUCAAACCAGAGACAUGUUAUGUGUAAAACAUAAUAUUUUUGAAUGGGUAAACAUGAAUUGUAUUACAGUUCUAUCUUUAAUAUUUCAGUAAACAAACUGUGUAAUCCACUAUAACUUUAUUUGUGUAGCAUUUUUCAAAACACAAGUUACAGUGCUCAGCAUAAACAAAUACACCCCUUCAGGGUUGUCAGAAAACCUUUAGUUUCCUUUCAAAAUCAAAAUUUCUAUGUCAAGCUAUACAACAAAAUACUCCCCCAAAUAUAGGCCAUUGAUUGCAAACAAGAUUUUUUAAGUUGCAUCCCAAAAAUUUAAAAUCAGGAUGCAAAAAUGAGUCCAUCCCAAUCAAAGUUCUGGGAGCAAAGCUAAAUUUUAGUUACCAUAUCACCCUUAUUUUCAUCUUAUGGUGAAUAAAAUGUCAUGUUAAACUCAGCUUUGUCAAAAGUUUGGAAAUUGUACUUUUGCUCCUCUAGAUAUUGACUAAUACAUUACUUUUAAUAGGGAGUGUACUGACUUAUGCUGGGUACUGUAAAUGUGAUUAACAUUAAGAAUAGCUCAAACAAAACAGACAUAAACUAGCACAAGAGGUCUAAACAAACACUAUAAAACUUAAACAUUAACUAUCAGCACUGUAAGGUGUGAGUUUUUUUAAAGUGCUGUGCAGAAAGACAAAGAUAGCAACCCUGAUCUCCUCCAACAAGUUGUUUCAAAGUCUAGGGGCCCAGAUUGCAAAAGCUUUAUCACAUUUGUCCGUUACAGAACUUUGAACCAGGAGGGACCAUGCUGGGGAUCUCAGGGAGCAAAUAAAUGAGCGCAUAGCUCUAUUAGUGCAUUUUGUGUUGAAAGAAAAAGUUCACGUGAUGAAUGACACGAGUUUGAUUCUGGUAUAGGUGUGUCUUCAUAAAUCAUUUUAAUCUGUUUGGCUGCUUAAAAAAACAUUACAGUCGGUGGCCCAUCCCACAUAUUGUCGUACUGUUCUACUGUUGGGUGUGUCAGUCUGUUUUACCAGAUAAGCAUGCCUGCUUUUGAAUGUCCGCAUACUUCACCAGUUCAGCGGGUCAGGUCCUUUCCAGACACAAGCGAAAUGCACGUGAUGUAUUCAUCAAAUGAGGUCAUCAUUUUGUCAACAAGGUACUUCCCAGUUUGAGUGAUGCCACCAAAGGAUCUCACAGGGAAUGUGCAUGUGAUCUAAAAAAUCAUGUUAGAUUUGAUAAGUUAAUUCAUAACUGAAGUAAAACAAUACGGUUCAAAGAUAUUAUGAGUCAAAGUACCCUAUCAUGUUAAUGCUACAGCUUCUGCCCAUGUAAAUAACACCUAAUAUCAGUCCCAGAUCUUCACUCUAUCCCUCUAAGUUUCAGCUGCUAAUGUGGCAUUAAUAAAGUAAACCACCCUUUGGGGCCAGCAUCUUCAUUUUAUAUUUAGCUCUCAAACAUCAAUCACUUGUCGAGGCACGAGCACAUCCCCCUCUGUGAGUUUGUGAUUGAGGUGCCACUCUGCUAUUUAGGGAAUGUUAUUAAGGACUGCAAUUAGAGAGUUUGUGAAGAUAUCCUGAGUCACUCUGAAAGCCAGAGUAUUCCUGGACAGACAGAAGCUGCUGGGGGCUACAUGAACUUUGUAGGGGGGCUUGGACCUUAGGCUGGGAUGACUUGCUGAGACCGGGGCAAAGAAUGACAGCAAUGCAUUCCUGCUUGAAAGGAGACGGUUAGUCAGAAGAUAGUGUGAAAUUCCUCCAUGUGACGAAUGAUCGACAGCAAAGGCAUCAGUAAGAUAAACAUCUUAUGUUGUUUGUCACUUUAAGGAGUAUUACUGCAUGACUUACCGAUGAUCUGAGUUCAGAAACCAGUUCCACCAGCUGUUCAUACUUUAAAUCUGAGUGUUGUGAUAUUAUCAGGUUUUGCUCAGUGGAGACUGACACAUCAGUGAAUCAAUGCAGCAAGUAAACAAGAUUUUUCAUUCUGCAAAAUUACCUCCUACUAAAUAUGUCCUACUGUUUGGCCAGGGGUAAAUAGUUAAACAGACUAGCAUGCUAGGUUAGUGGUAUUUAUUUUUGAUAGGUAUCUCAACAAGAAAGACUUCAGAUUUACUUAUUUAAAGAUUACACAGUGACAUCCUGAGUAUAAUUCUCGCAUAGUUUAGCUUAAGUCUGUCUUUUUCCGCAAUUAAUUAACAACAAAUGUGUAUUUUUGUAUAUGAUAUAUUUAGAGAUGAAACAAAGCCACACCUUUACUGACUUCUGAUCCAUAAAAGAUGUAUUAUUUUUUUUAUUCAAAAUAGUUUUAAAUCUGUUUAACAAUGCGCAGCUUACCAGUGUUUGAUUUGCACUUUUCAGGAGUUCCAGUUUGGUUGCUCUCUCUCUUUGUCACACAGGCAUGACUGGUCAUAGCAUGCCUACACGGGGGAAAGUCCCUGAGACCUGAGUCUCCCACUGUGUUGACUGGCCUACAUUCCACUGCCACCUAUUUAGCAAGCGUUGUUGUACAUCAUUAAUUGAGUUUUAUCCACAGAUCCUCGGUGGUUUAAACUCAAAAAUAAUCUGCCAGUUUGUGUGAAGCCUGUCGCAGUCAGUGUAAAUUAACUGCACCUGAAUCUUGGCUCAAAUGUGAAAGCUCGAACUGAAGGUAUUUUGGGGACACUUAACUGAAACAAAGUGCGUGUUAUGUUCGGCUUGCCAAGUGGGCCAUCUUGUUCUCAUCAGUGAAAUAUGCCAGUCAAAAGAGUCUUUUUACCUCUUAUAAUGACAGCAGCAGAUACUUCCACAGAUCUUUUCUACCAACAUAUUACAGAUGUCAUUUUAUAGUAAUGUUGGACCCUUUAUUUAUCUGGAGAAAUUAUUAUAUCCAAGAUCUUAGUGAUUUUACACACAAAGUGCUGAUGCAUCUCAUUGAGGUUUGUUGACCUCUUACUUAAGUUAAGUUACAGCGCACUUUUAAUGAGAAAGGCUGAGACGAAAAUAGACAAAACCAGCUUCUAAGUGACAAACUUCCUCGUGCAAGAUCAGUACCAGACUCUGGUUUUGAACUUCUGAUGCUACCAUGUCUCCCCUUGAUGAAAACACUUGGGUCAAUCCUAGGUAUCACACACUUCCAUUUCCAUCUGAGCAGGUUGGGACUAUUCUUACAUAAGCAGCCUUAGCCUACCCUCUCUCCUGGUCCCCAAACUCCCUCCCCUCCCUCAUUAAAGCCUGUAUUCAUGCUCUCCUCACCCCCCCCCUCCCUCCUGUCGGCCUCUGCACUGAAGUCUUUAGUAGCCCUUGUCCUGCCUUACCCCCUACGCGCCGUGCUUUGCUUCCCUGCCUAAUUGGUUUGUACACUUUAGGAAGUGACGGCUCCUGUGAAACAGGACUUUAUCUGGAAAAGCAUGUGCAGAGAGAGGAGGCACUUGAAUGUAAAUUAUCAUGUGCUUUAUUGCUUUUGAGGUGAGCAACACGCUCUUUACCUCUGAAUUGAUAAAACAUUAUAGUGUCUACACAUUUAAGUUGAGUAAUAUUAUUUGAUUUCCAAUUUAACUUGUUAUAUGAGAGGAUAUAAAAAAAUGUAUAGUCAUAUUUACCAGUUUUUCCCACUGAGUUUUAACUAACUUUUUUAACUAACUCAGUUCAAGUUGUAGUAGCCAGUUGCAAGCAUGCUGUUGCUGUGAUAAAUCGGUAAGAUAGAGUAAACCAAAGAAGGGAUGAAACCGUCCUUUCAUUUGUGGGAAAGUAACCCAGUGACGCAGUCUUGAGCUAUCGUCAUGUGUCCCUACAUAUGCACAGUUUUGAAUAGCAGCUUUGUAAUCGUCAUAUGACUGUGUAAUCUGUGUAAGCUGGGUGUUUGCUUGGGUGCAGGAUCAUUCUUCUCGUUAGACCGAAAAAAGUAAACUCCUUUGCAGCUGUGUGUUUCAGGAUAUAGAUAUAAUUAUGUGCAAAAUCAUAGAACUUCAAGCUCAGGUCAUGCAGUGCGGUGCAGAGACGCUUUGUUUAGCCGGGGUUAUGAGUGCACACAGGGAGUAGAUGGUGACUCAUUACAGCAUGAUCCCUGUGGAAACUGAUUGGCUAUGACAAUUAAACUGUGCGAUAAUGAAAAGGUGGAGUACGCGGUUUUCUCUGUUUCUUUCUGCCUGAGCUAACCACUAUUUUGGAGCUUAGCUGGCUCCAACAGAAGAAAAGCUUCCCCCCACCCUUCACAAAGCUUUCUCACAACCCCUCUCUCCUUUGCUCCCUCUCGCUCCGUCUCCCUCUCAGUGACAGCUCCUGGUGGGCUCUUUUUUUUCUCCAGUCUACUCCCUCGCUCUCCUCACAUCCGUCCUCUGGGUCUCUGCUUCUUUUUUUUUUUUUCUCCCUCUGAGGAUUUUAUCCCUGACGGACUCUUUGAACAUUUAACUUCUCUGUAAACUUUUCCUUCUUUUAACCCUGCGUCCAUCGGGCCCUGCCAGCCUUCAUCCGAUUAACUGCCUCUGCUCUGUCAACCCAAACCCGCAUCAGACGGACCCUUUGCUCCAGAGGAGUCUUUGCUUUCCUCCCGUUGAAGGCUGUCUGUGGGAGUUCUGCUCAUCGGAGCACACGUGUGCGUUUCAUAGGCUCGCUGUCGGUUGCUGUGUACAGUGGAGCGUGUGUCAGCACUGAAGCGUGGUCAUGGGCUUUGAAGAGCAGCUGCUCUGUGGACCAUCCGCUCAACAUUCCCUCGACUCUGCAGCUUUCAAUAGUCACGGUUUAUUACUGGAGAGACUGAGCACUCUAUGGAUCCUGUAUAUUCAAUCAGGCUUCUAAUUCCAAAGAGUCUCCACUUUCCUGUUGUCAAGUGGAGUCUUUGUCUAGAGGACUUAAAGUCAAGUGGAUUUUGUUUGUCCUGAGUGAUGAGUGUAUUCACGGGGCCUCGCUUUUCCCCUCUCCCCGGACUGUGCUUGUCUCUUUGGGCAAACAAAAACAGAUAGGCAGAGCUGACAAAAGCUGUACGCAUGCGUCUCACCACCAUGGAGGUCAUCCUCAACCUGGUUACCCCUGACUCCUCUCCACUUCACACUCCCACCACUGUGAGUCUCUACCUAUGCAUAGUGCUUGUAUAAUUUGUCACGCUUGUUUUGAGAUUUUAUUUUAUAGAACGAACCCUCUCUGUGGUUCAAGUCUGUAAUUGUUCCAGUGCCUUUGUUUACCUUGACAUGCUGGGUGUGCUCACCUGUCGCGGUGUGUGUGUGUGUUCUGUGUGUUGUACAUCGAAUCUAAAUACACUUCUCUGUUAAAACAAAAACUUGGAAGCCACAACUUUGGAGGGAGUCCAAUCUCAUUGGAUUUGUCUGGAAAUCAUUUGGACUGAAGUCUUUGUUGUCAUUGUUAGGCCUAAGCAAAAUCCUCCAUUUUUUUUCUGCUAAGACCUGACCUCUCAGCUGUUGACGUGUUUCUUUCUCGUGGAUGUGAACACAAAUGGCUUUUCUCACACUCUCUCAAUUCCUUGGGAAAUUUGCUGCCAGGCAUUUGCUAAGCGUUUGUGAUUUUGUUAAUGUGUGUGUGCGCCUGUUUGUUGUGCAUGGGCAUUAGUGCAACUUAGUGCCACGUGCAAAUUCGUGAGUGCAAGAGUUGAGUAAACUGAGUCUGGGCCAGCAUAACAGGGGGUUAUGUAAUUUUCUAUAUCUGCUGAAAAGCGUUCAUUGUGGCCACAUUGUAUCCCCUAAACAGUGACAAAAGUCGAUUCUCAUUAAAAGAAAAACUUUUGUGCGGAGCUAAAUUUAGCAUACCUGGCAAAUGAAAAGAGGAGAGCAGUUGGAUACAUGGCAGAUUUGUCACAGACACUGAUAUUUAUAGAUAUAAGAAGCUCAGAAAUGCAACGACAUGCUUACGUUAUCUCCACUCACACCUCAACCACUCACCAUCAGGCACAACCUCAGACAUUUUAUCUGUUUUAAAAAAGACAUCAAGAUCACCAAGCGCUAUCAUGUUGUUGCCAUGACGAUCACUUUCUGAUCCCCAGAUAGCAGGGUUAAAGAUCGAACCAAGUAAUCAGGAGUGUGAAGUUCAGUCAGACAGAAAUGAUUGGCUUGGAUGCCUGAUGAGUGAUGAGGUCAGAGAGCUAUAGGAGGUAUAAAUGGAGAGAAGGCAUCUGUAAAAUGCAAAAUGACUAUUUACAGGUGGAGAAGCGCAGGCAUUACUUAAACACGACCUCAAACGUAUAUCUCAUACCCACCAUGGAUCCAAGGCCCUGUCUCUAAUGGAUUUUUGGACAUGUAAACAAAUCUGCCGGGGACUGGGGAGCCAUAGCUGACCUCUACUAACUGCUGCUAAAACGUGUGUGUGCGAAAACACAUCAGCGCUGCACCAUUUUUCUCUACCUGAGAGGAUGCAAUCAUGGAAAAGAUAUAAAGCAGCACAGAUUUCAAAGAAAGUUGUCGGUCUUGCAUAUGAAAGUAGUGCUUCACAAGGAGCACAAGUGGACAUGACAGGAAGAUCACAGCUUCUUGGCAGGAAUGCGAGGUUUAACUAUCAGCAAGGUACAGUACUAUUUCCUCACACAUACAAAAAAGCAAAGAAAUCCUGAUCUAUGCCACGGUAUUAUGAAAAAAGAAACAGAAGAUAACCUGAGUUUAAGACAGGAAUGUUUCUAUCCAUAACAAACACAUACUUGCUCAGCGGUGUGCAUUACCUUCUCCAUGUUUACGCUAAAUAAUGUGAGACCAUUAUAUAACUUCUAACUCUAAUAACGUGUUGUAAAAAUACACACAUCUUUAUAUGAUAAGCAGCUACCAAGGGUAGAAAUUGGGUUCAAAUUUCAGUCACCUUGAGCUGGUCAGGGUGUAGAUAUCGAUCUUGGGACAAAAAGCUUAAAAUUGUUUCCACUCUUUAGCCAUCAGAACAUCUGGACACUAACUGGACCUGAAUGCACCCAGGUCAUCUGAUAGAACAUGGAGCAUCUUAAACAGGCCCUAGGGGAGAGAAAAAGAGAUUGCAUUGCUGAGAGGCGGGGGAUGAAAAAUGGUCUUAAAAAUACGGAAGGGUCUUAUGACAACAUAAGUCCAUUUUCUGCUCUAUGACCUACAUUCGGCAGAAAGGAAUUUGGGGCAUAUUUGUGUCCUGUUUAGCUUAGAGAAUUUUAGAUUAGACAGUACAAUAUGUUCUUGUUGUGUGUAUCUAAUUAUGUGCGAUGCAUAUCUAACAACAUUAACUUGUUAAUGCUCUCUAAAUGCCUGUUUGUGUGCAGUAUAUGGCUGUAGGUCAGAGCAGGGCUUGGCUGGGCUUCUCUGAAGCCUGCGGUGGAUCUCAGGUAAGUCAGGGAUGCUUCUUCAUGCUUCUAACCAGCUUUACAUGGAUCAGAGACUGUUGCGAAACCAGACCCACCAGCAGGCAGACCCAGUUCGGGGCUUGGUUGGAAUGAGAUUCCUUAAAUAGUGUGUUGGUGGUUACAUGUAAGGACCCCACAGGGCAGAGGGCAGGUCUAUGCAGCCCCCUUUAUCUUCCAUGCAGAUAAAGUCUAAUCAGAGUGGGAUCAAGCAGCCCCACAGUUACACACACACACACACACACUCAACUUUUCUCAUUAGGCUACACAAACGUCAGCGAUGCAGUGUCCUUCUUCUCGCUUCAGUGGCUCAACACAUCAACAUGUUUGGCUGUGUUAACCCUGGGAAAUUAGCCUAAUCCUUCAGCUCACCAUCUUUAAUUACAAGCAUGAUUAGUCUCAGAAAAAAAAUCGUCCAUUUGGGGAUGAUACUGAUCGUACAGACAUUAUGUACGGUAACUGGAACUCUCUAUCUCUGUCAGAGAGCUGGGGAUGAAGCAUUUCUUUGCUAUGUGUGGAAGCGUAACAGCAUGAGUCUGUACAAUGAGAUCAUAAGUGUGCAAGAGCCAGUAAGGGGGACCAUCUGAGCCGUCUGUACCGCUAUAAAAGAGGACAUACUCAUGUAAACCACCUGAUAGACCAACUGUGUGUGGUUUAUUUGCUUACAUAAGAGCAGCCCUCUGCUGACAAGGACUUUUUGAUCAAAGUAUGGGCGGUGAUUUGGUGCCAGUGUGUGCAGGUCACUGGGCCCUCAUAUCUAAACCUUUAUCUUGUCCGUAUUGCGGGCCACUCUAGUUCAGGGAUCAUAUAAGUUGCCCUUUGUUCUUUUAUCUAUAUGUCUAGCUAGCUGGUACAUAUUCCAUUACUUGGAUGCGACAAAACUUUUGAGACGUAAUCUUUAGUCCACACACAGUUGUCUAACGGCCACUUUAUUUAUACCGUAACUCAUAAAGCUAUUGAUAUGCUUUUGUUAACAGCCGAGCGCAGGCCAGGUGCUGCUCUGUAACGUCACCUCUUAGUUCCUUACGGCGCCAGCCCAGCAGGCUAUUCUAGUCGUCUGAUUCAUUUGAUCGCCUUGGCUGCCUGUCACAAGGAUUUCAUAGUGAUCAGUCUUACUGUAAACAACGCUGACUGGGUCUUCUUGCAUUUCACACAGCUGGACAGUAAUCAGUACAGUGUGAAACACUUACAUUUUAAAGCCGAAUUACCUAAAUGAACAUUUGUAAGCAACUUGCGAAAUCUUUUGUCUUCUGAUACAGAGGAAUGUGCCCUAAACUAAGUGUGUGUGUGUAGUUGAGGGAUGUCAGACAGGUUUUUCUUGUCUUUUGCUGUAGUGUUGCUCUCCAUUGGUUAGCAUAUUACCCCUUUUCCACAUAUGGUAAAAUCACUCAUCAGGGUCCAGGCACCAAGUCAGCCCUUCAUUCUCUCAUUCAACCUGAAGACAUGACUUGACUUCACAUAUAAGUAAUAUGCUACCCAUGCUUUUUACCUUGUACUUAAACAAAUUGUACAAAAACAAGCAAGGCACAUGGUCUAUUAUGGUUCUAUAAUUACAGAAAAAAAUGUGUAUCUAACCUGUAUAUAGCAUGUUAAGUAGUUUUCAUGUACAUACUCAGAAUCAGAAUGCCCUUUAUUGUCAUUAUACUGGAGUACAAUGAGAUUGGCGAGCCUCUCCAUUUCUAGUGCAAUAAAGAAACAGAAUUGAAAGGCACAAUAAAAAUAGGUACAAAAUAUAUACACACUGUCCUUGUGUUAAACCUUGUUUGAGUUAAACUUGAUCUUUUUUAAAGUCAGACAGAUAUGCUCUGACAAUGUCACCUAAAUUAUGGUUGAUUAUUCUUAAUGUCUUAGAAAUGCUGUAUGGUUAUGUUGUUUAUUGUUUGUGUAAGUAUUUGAAAUGAGCGUUUUACUUUGAGUUAGAGCUGUGUGAAGCGUUUGGUAGUUUAAUAUACAACACCACACAAUAAUGUAAAUUGAUGAUAAAUAUAGUGGAGUUGAUUUUACAUUUACUCUUGAGGUCAAGACUUGAAGUAACUCACAAAAAAGUAAGAAUUUUAAUAGGGAGAUGAACAACUGCUUGGCCCGUCACUGGUUUUCAACUAGUUAUAUAUAUUUAGUUAGUUCAAAGAGUGAAAGAUGUGGCUAUAGAUGUAUUUUUGUCAAUAUUUCAAUAAUAAACGGUUAAGAAGAUCGUCUGUGGCUUUGGAGUUAUUCCUGUCUCCCGUGAGGAUGAUUGACAGCUGCGUGCCGGGCAGCUCAGGGGAUGAUGUCAUCUCAGCUGUGAGGAGAGCGCGGGGCGGGGAAAUGGGGAGGGGGCGGGGCUUCCAGCUCAGCCCAGUCGAGUGAGUUUCAGGUGCGCUUUAACUUUCACAACAAAAAAACCCGGAGAGUGAGAGAGACAGGAGUAUCUUACGAAACUCAAAAGAAACACCGCCGGGGGUUAGUCUACGAGUGCUUAUAUCUAAGUGUUUCAUCAUACAUUAACGCCUGAGCUGAUGAAAAUCGCCAACACGACUAAAUCCCCAGGAAAAUGCACUGGGAACAGUUUCUCCGUUUAACUUAUGGAAAGGUGAGUGGCUUUUGCGCAUGGCAAGGUUGCUCUUGAGACCGAGGAUGACCAGUAUGACACAGACAGUUUUGACUGCUAUGUUUUGUGAUAUUUUUUCCUGCUUCAAAUCCUGUAAGAGAUAGAAACUUGUAUUGGAGUUUGUUUUCCUUUGUAUGUGAUCAGCUUUGUGUUGUUGACUGUGGUUUCAGUCAUCAAUUAGUCAUGCAGUUACACAUGCAGGUGAGGCCCAGGUGCAUUUGUUUUUACCUGUUAUGGAGUGGUGAGAAGGGCAGUCAGCGGGAGCUGUGUGUUGUUAAUGCCAACUUCCUCACAGAGUGUCUGCUCUUACUCUAUGCUGCUGUCUGUGUUUCUUUACUCCAAAUGACUUCUGACCUCUUUUAAUGUGUUGUCCUGUUUGGCUUUAAGUGAUGAGAAAAGAGAAUUUUUAUCACUAUCCCUCCCUGUUGUACAAACUGAAGCUCCAGUAGUAUCUCGGUGUUCUUUGUGUUUCCCCCCCUGAGGUGUUUGAGGAAAUGAAUCACAGCAGCUGUCUGUCUGUGAUUGAAGGUCUUUGGUUCAUCUUCUCUUCAGGUAGACUUGAUCUAGUAUUAGGGAAAUAUAGGAAUCCAAUUUAGAUAGCGCCUCAGAUUUUUACAUUGAUGCUUGGUAGCUUCUUGACAAAAUCAGGUCGGUAUCCGAAAAGCAUCACAGAUAAUGUUUUGUUGAAGUAUUGUUACCCAAAAUCCAAUAUCCUGUCAGUUUUGUCCUAUAAUGUUGCUCCUUAAGCAAACAACAAUAAAGAUUAGGCUGAUAUUAUUCUCAUCCUUCUUUGCCUGAUAAAAAAGAUAGACUCUGAGAUAACUUCUCAUUCACUUGAAAUAGUCAGUCCUGUUAGUGUGUGUGGAGAGAGCAUAGGUAUUUGUUUCUCCCACUUUCUUUUCUUUGUAAAGUCGGUAAUGUAAAAAUGAUAUGAGGCAUCUUCCUCUUUAGAGAAACUGACCGCUAGUAGCUUUUUCAACUGACUCACGUUGCCUUCUUUCCAGGCGCCUGGCUGCGAAAAUGCAGAAGCCUCUUCUUUCUGUGCCCGUCAGCAAAAUGACCAAGAACCCUCAAUAUGCAACUCACACUUUUCUUCUCUGUUUCCCCCCCUUUUGUUUUCCUCCUUAAUCCCUUAUUUCCUCCCCUGGCCCCUUGCCCGUCUCUUUCUCUCUCUCUUUCUCCUCUUACUGUUUCUCAACUUUAGAUCGACCGGCUGGAGGUGAGUGGGUUGGGCCAAACACCCCUGUCUGUUUCAUGCGGGGCAGACAACUCAUUCCCGGCAAGUGAGGAUGGCACCCCGGACCCUCAGCGCACCAAGCAGGCCAUCGCUCAGCUGCAGCAGAAAAUCCUCAAACUCACUGAGCAGAUUAAGAUCGAGCAGACUGCCCGGGAUGACAAUGUUGCAGAGUACCUCAAACUGGCCAACAAUGCUGACAAGCAGCAGAGCACACGUAUCAAACAGGUAACAUGAGCUGCUUUUGCGCUUCAUUACGUAUUUUGUCACCCCAUAGUUUGUUGGAAUUAAUCCAGCGGUUUAUUACAGAAACACUUUUAACAGGCUUGUGUUAUUAUGAUUCAAUCAGUGCAGUGACUCCAAACCUGUUAGUUCACUUUGUUUGUCCCUAAAGGCAGGGAGGGAGCUUUCUAAAUUUAUCAAAGUGGAGUUGUUUAUUGCAGUGUUGCUAUUAAUCUCCUCUCAAAUUAAUAAAAACCUGCUCCAUUGUUGUCAGGUUUUUGAGAAGAAGAAUCAGAAGUCGGCACAGACCAUCCAGCAGCUGCAGCGGAAACUGGAGCACUACCACCGGAAGCUGCGUGAAGUGGAGCACAACGGCAUCCCCCGCCAGCCAAAGGACGUUCUGCGGGACAUGCAGCAGGGCCUGAAGGAUGUGGGAGCCAAGGUCACGGGCUUCAGUGAAGGUGUGGUGGACAGCGUCAAGGGAGGACUCUCCAGCUUCUCCCAAGCCACACACUCCGCCGCCGGUGCCGUCGUCUCCAAACCCAGAGAGAUCGCCUCGCUCAUUCGCAACAAAUUCAGCAGCGCCGAUGACAUCCCCAGUCUCAAAGACUCUUUGGAUGAUCCUUCAGUGGAAGAAGCUGUGACUGUCGCUGGUGGACGCUCCCUUGGCAGUACUGGGCAUCACCUCCAGCCCAGUCCCAAGUAUGGCAGCGAGGACGACUGCUCUAGUGCUACAUCAGGUUCAGCAGGGGCCAAUAGCACCACGGGGGCCCCUGGAGGUCCUCCUAGUUCUAAAGGCAACACAUUAGAGAGGAGCCAGAGCUCCGGCCUGGACAUGCUGCUGCAGGAGGUGCAAGAGCUGAGGGAGGGUCAGUCAAGACUGGAGGAGAGCCUGGAUGGCUUGAAGAGCCACUAUCAGAGAGACUACACUGUUGUUAUGCAAGCACUGCAGGAGGAGCGCUUCAGGUACAAAACGAAAGUUCAAGAGUGUGUGUCAUACAUUCCUACAUUGUCAGGCAAAGAAAUCCCCUGGAAAUCCAACACAGGGCAAUAAGAGUUUAUUUUUGGAAACAUCAAACUAAGUUCACGCUGAUGAGUCGUCUCUCUGCACUGCUUUAACAUAUCAGGGGCGACACUUCUGCUACAGAGAAUUGCUUCAUCAAAAUAUCACACAUCUUAUGUGGUAUGCAAAUCUGAAGUCGCAGUCUUGUUCUGAAGUAUCUCAUUCAGACAGUAGAACUGAGCUGGGGGACGUUUUCCAUUAACCUCGUUCUUUUUAAAAGACGUGAUAAGUGGGGUUUUUUUGUGUAGCAGUUUAUGUUAAAAUUGAACUCUAAGUCAGUGAUUGAAACAUCUGCAUAGAUCACGGGUGACCUGGAAACAGAGAUCUCAGACAUUUAGCAGCCCUUUAUCUGAUCUCUACAUAGCUAACCUAGAUGUCUCUGUGAAGUGUUUGUUUUUGGUCUGUCUGUGGGCAGUUGGCCUUAGAAAACAUGCUAACAUUCCUCCAGUGUGUUUUGAAAAGAGGGCACAGAAAUUAGAGGGCAGAACAAUGGUAGAGAAGGCAGCUGAAGCGAUCCAGAUAUGAGCAUUUUUCUCCCUAAAAUGUCCAUCAGAGUUCAGAGCCCACCAUGUCUGCCAAAUUGAGAACAGAAUGGCUACUAAGGAGCUCUUCAGAGGCCACCCACUGGGAAUAAUAAGUUAUAAAUGAAUCAUGCUGCUUAACAUCUCCUCGGGGACUAAAUCGUUCCCUUUCAUAUCCAAGAAAUACCCCAAAAUGCAACCCUCUUAGUUUGGUUUCUAUUCACCCAACUAUUUUCAAUUUGGGUGAAUGUAGCGCUCGAUCAAUUACCUGAAUUGUUGUGUUCUGAAUGUGAUUGAGGCAGAAACAUAGAAAAAAAUUUGUAGCUUCAUUCUUUCAUUUUUGUCAGGUAUUAAAACAGCUGUUUGGUGCAGUUUUCAAAAAAAGAGGGAAAAUACAUAAAAAGGUGAUAUUGUUAGAAAGCCUAGUGUCUGAUGACUUAUUUUCAAGUGGGAAAUCUAGGAUAUAGGAUUUGUACUAAGAGUUUAUUGGAUGGUGUCCCAGGAGAUGUACUGUAUGCAUUUGUGAACUCAACUGGAAAGAUCAGCAAAACUGGAGUAAAAAGCAAACAAACUGAGAGGGGUAAACGUACUUAGAAGUGGUCUCCAAUCUAUCCUUGCCUGGAUAUUGUCCAUUCAAUUGUUUGCCCUUGCUUAAAUAAACAGCAGUAUAGCUCUCUACCCUCCUGCUGGUUAUCGCCCAUUGGCUAGUCUCACACUGCUGACCAUUUGUGAUUGGCCGGUUAGAUCAGCAGAUGAGAGAACAUGUCCUAAUCUUGUCAGGGCGAGUCAUCAGCCCAGUCAGGUGGCGUGUGGUCAGAUGGCUUUGGGGUCUGUUUUUACUAAUUCCUGCAUGUGUCUCUUUGUCUAAGCUAAUUAUGGCCCAGACUCUCACGUGUGUGUGUGUAUUUCCUGCAUGUGCGUUUUAGGUGUGAACGUCUGGAGGAGCAGCUGAACGACCUUACAGAACUUCACCAAAAUGAGAUCCUCAACCUCAAACAGGAGCUGGCCAGCAUGGAGGAGAAGAUUGCCUACCAGUCAUAUGAGCGAGCCAGAGACAUACAGGUUUGUCUGUUUGUCAGGCUUCAUGUCUGCAAACACACCGCUCAUGUCAGAAAUAACUGACUCACCGUGAAAACCUGCUCAGGCAAAAUGACAUUUUCCUUUUCUUAUCUUUGUACUCAAAAUUGGAUGUUUUAAAACCCGGGCGGUCUGUUGUUCAAGGACUGUUAGAGGGAUGAUAAGAAAUUAAAGAGGAUAGAGCAAAGUGUUCAAUUAAAAACCAAAUUCCGUUCCUCACUUGUGACUAUUGAAGUCGCUCAAAAUUCCUUCUCUCGAAUUCAGUAAAAGUGAAGAAAAGGAGAAUCAACAAAUAGGAAAUUGGGGAUCAGAUCAAUUAAUAUGAGUGCUUUAUGAAAGUUUGGAUUUACUUUCAACCAAAAUCUAUUUCUUUUUUCUCGUUUUUUGGAAGAGGUCUUGUUUUGAUCCAAAAUCCCCCCGUCAGAAUUUUGCUCUCAUAACGAUUCUACCACUGUUUGUUCUUUUAAUAUUACCUUAUCCCUGCUCUCUGGCCUGUCAUCCACUGUCAUGCAUCUGACAUCUUCCAAUCCAAUCCAAUCCAUUUUAUUUAAAUAGCAUGAUUUAAGCAAACACAAGGAUCUUAACAAGCAACCACCUUGAGAUUAUCAAGUAGCUUCUGCUGGUAAAAGCAGAACCAAUUCCCAUGCAGUUGUUAUAUUUUAAAUCAAAGGUCAAACUUUUUUAAACAAAUGGUGAGUUUUUGAGUUUAAUUAACUAAGAGCACAUGAAAAGUUGCUUUACUGAAUAGAGUUUUCAUUAAAUUGAAUUAAAUGGUGGUAUCCUCUUGAUUUAAUGUCGGCAUUCAGAGUUCAACAGUAAGCACCCUGGCAAAGAAAAAUGCCAGCUCGGUCUCCCUUACGGACUGACCUUUACAGUGGCGAGCUGAUGCAGGCUGCUCAGACAAGACGUCAUGUCUUGAGAGAACAGUUUGGGGUGGUUGUACUCUGUUUCAACAGUUGAAGGCAUUAUCUCAUUGUUCAUGUUGACACUGUACACAGGGGAAGAAGGCAGAGAGGCCAGUCUGUCCAUCUGUUUUUAUGUUGGCUCAAAACACAUUUACUUCCUUAAAGAAGUCUCACUUUACACCUGUAGUCCUGCUGUUUUAAAGGCGCCCAGAGUUUGAGUUUUUUUAUAUGCUCAUGAAAAUUAAAUGUAUUUACUGUGAAAUUCAAGUUGCCCUUUGGCUUCAUAUCUCUUCCCCUGCAGCAGAGGGCGGUAGAGGUCUUUAAAAGGUAGACUUAAAGGCCACUCUUCACGCAGAGUGUAGUUCAGGGUAAAAUAAACAGCUCAACCCUAAUGUCGACCUUGACAUGGACAGUAAUGUCUUGUUUUGACUUUAGCUUCUUGUUAAUUAUUAAUGCACUGAUAGUACACUGAAGUAUCUUACACUAAAAACUGUGUCUAUUGUUGUGUCCUCCACAUUCGUACACAAGAGAGACAGCUUGAUAAACACAUUUUGAUCAAAUGGAGACUACAGUGGGAGAAAGUGUUUGGUUUAAGAGGUUCUGUCUUCUUGUUGGUGACUUGACUGAGUGAUUUCUAUUCUCACCUGUAUGUCCUCUGCAGGAAGCAUUGGAGGCCUGUCAAACCAGGAUUUCUAAGAUGGAGCUCCAGCAGCAGCAACAGCAGGUCGUCCAGCUGGAGGGGCUGGAAAACGCCACGGCCAGGACACUCCUGGGAAAACUUAUCAAUGUGCUGCUGGCCCUUAUGGCCGUCCUUCUGGUCUUUGUCUCAACUGUGGCCAACUGUGUAGUGCCCCUGAUGAAGACACGCUCGCGCUCCCUUUCCACCCUCCUCCUCAUCCUCAUGCUGGCCUUUUUGUGGAGAAACUGGGAUGCUCUUUCAGGAUACACACACCGCGCCCUGCAGCCCCCAGGAUGACUACAUUUGAGCCGGCACUUGUUGCUCUGAUGACACCGAGAAAUGUAACUGUAGCUGCAGUCAUGCAGGAGAUUUGAAGGAGAUCACAGUCCGGAUUGGCCAAGCGGCUGAGCACUGAAAACUGGACUGAGCAGACUCGGACACUCUGGAAUCAAUAAAACGAGGAAGAAACAGAGUGAAGUUGAGAAUGAUUGUCGUAUAGGAAGGAUGAGACUGUUUACAAUUUUGAAAACGAACUGUUGUGUUGCUACCCCUCACAAAAAGCAGCAUUGUACUGUUUUUAUCUUUAGAGUUUAAUCAAUUAUAAUGUUAUUAUUUCUAAUAAUAUUAUUUUUAUUUUCAAUGUUAUUUUAUUCAGUACCAUGUAGCAUUACGCUCCUGUCCCUCCACAGGGAGGGGAGUUUAGUCAGGAAACUGGGUUGGCGAUUCCUCAUAAAGGCCCAGUCUAAUUAUAGAGACAUGCUAAUGUGGUUGAUUGCCUGUAGGAAGAGAACUCUGACCUAGCUGUGAUCAGUAGAUUUGAACCAUGGCUGAAAACUUUCCUGGGAGUUGCUCCUUUUUUUUGCCGUGAUGAAAUGCGUUCAAACAGAAUGUUAUGAAGGACUGACUAUGAACUUUGAGUGUCAUGAUGACUUGAGAGUUUUUGCGCUUCCUUACCAUUUCUAAUAGAAAAAAAAAACACAUGCUUUACUUAUCCCUCCCCCUUUAAGUUAAACAAGAAAAACUAUGGGAGAUUAUCAGUGAAACGUAAAGACAGAAUGGCGGGUGCACAGAAACACAGAACAUCUGGUUAUCGCUUAGCAUCUGCCAACAAUGCUGCAUGUAUUCAUUUAGAAAAUUAUACAGAAAGCAACUCUGCUUUUAAAAGUAAUGACAAAAGGCCGUUGUCCGAGUAAAAUCAAUUUGCAAGGAUAAUUGCCUCCCCCGCCAUACUUGAUGUGAUCAGGUUAGGGAGGAGAGACCACUGCUCCUCUUAGUUGGAUCAGGAAUGCCUCUGCUUCAUAUCUACAGUGCAAGUCGUCUCCACUGCUACAUGCCAGUCAAAUGCACACUGCCUGGAUGUGACACUGUACUCCUCAUCAGAAUUUCUCCCUGCACAUUAUUUCUUUCAUUUUCUUUAGAUACACUAUCUCAUGGUGUAAUCACCCAGUGCCAAACUUUAGUCUACCCGGAGAUGCCUGAGCAUCCAAAGGGUCCAAGGUCCAUGUCCUUGGUUGGGUUUGAGUGUAUCAUGAAUGUCUUGCCUGGAUGUCAAGGAUGUAUCUUUUCGAGGGGGCAAACUUUUGAAGGAAAAAUCUCAUCAGAGAAUUCACAAUCUGAACAUUUUAUUGAUUUCAGAUCUUCCUGCACCUUGUCCUCUUGGGUAUAGUCCCUUAACUUGACAUCCAGUCUUUCUUUGCGUCUCUCUCUCUCUAUACUUCGGUCUAGUCAGGGACUCAUUGAGAUGACCUUGCACAUUGAAUAAUUCACCCCGCAUUUCAAGCUGAGAGCCUGAUUUCCUAACAGAUAGUGAGAACGUUUGAACUGUACAGCUGCACUUUAGCACAUGGCUAGAUAACACACGGGUCAGGCUGAGGUUAGAGAAACCUUUGAUUGUGACUUAAGAGACUGUCGCUCUUAAGACGGUCGUCCUCACUGCGAUAUGAAGACUUAAUUCUGGAUAGGAUCAUCCUCGUCUCCAGAUAAAAACCUACACUCAGAGGAAUUUAGUUCAUUUCAAAGUCGUUAAACUUGAUUCCUCUUAACUUGAACAUGCUAUCGAAACGUCAGGAAGUAGAUCCAGCUGUCUGUUUAAACAUUUGACCCAAACCCGGCCUCACGGUUACACCUAUGAUGUAGGGUUGUGUGCUAAACCACUCCAGUGCCUUCUGAUGUCCUUUUCUAAGUGUGGAAUAAAUAAAGCGCAUUCCUGACUCACCCA